AUGACAGAUUCACAGCAAAUCUACAACGAAGUCAAUAAACAUUACGGCUCAGUUACCAAGAGCAGUUCGGGCCAGUAUGAGCAUGCCGUGGCCAAAGCCUUUGGGUACACCGAGGAGGAUCUCGUGGGGCUACCCGACGGAGCAAACCUGGGUCUUAGCUGUGGGAAUCCAAUUGCGCUUGCGAAACUGAAUGAGGGCGAAACCGUUGUCGACCUUGGAUCCGGCGCCGGUUUCGAUGUCUUUGCAGCCUCCAAAAAGGUUGGAGAGAGCGGAAAGGCCAUCGGCAACAUGAUUGCCAAAGCCAACGCAAACAAAGCCAAGGUCGACGCAGCCAAUGUCGAAUUCAUCCAAAGUCCCAUCACAUCCAUCCCACUUCCUGACAACACCGCCAACUGCAUCAUCAGCAACUGCGUCAUCAACCUCGUCCCGGACGCGGACAAGCAAGCCGUUUUUACUGAAAUGUUCCGGCUGCUCAAGCCCGGCGGUCGAGUGGCUAUCAGCGACAUCCUUGCGCGGAAGCAGUUUACCGACGAGCUGAGGAAGAACAUCGCCUUGUAUGUUGGUUGCGUGGCUGGUGCGAGCCAAGUGAGCGAGUAUGAAACGUACCUCAGAACAGCGGGGUUUAAUGAUAUCCUGAUUGUCGACGCGAAGAGUGACUUGAAUGCCUACGUUACCGUUUCUCGAGAUGAUGGAUCCUGCUGUGCGCCUGCUGCUUCUGUUCCUUGCUGCGGAGCAUCCAGCCAGACCUCGAAAGCUUCGAUGGAGACUCUCGCCAAGACGAUGGUGGAGGAGUCCGGGGUUACGGACUUUAAUGAAUGGGCCGGGUCAUUCAAGAUCUAUGCCAUUAAGCCUUCGGGCACGACUGAUGCCAAUUCCGCCAAUCCUGUCAAGACUUGUUGUGCGGGACAAUCGUGUUGCUAA